AGUCCUUCUUAGCGGCAAAAUAUGCGUUAUUGGGCUAGGCCCAUUUAUAAACGACGCCGUUUACACAGUCUAGAAACUCAACAUCGUCGUUUCUCUCCCGGCGACUUUAUCGCCGUCUUUUUCUUCUUUAAACUCUCUGGCUAAUUUCGUUUUGCUUUGAGCUUGUGAGCUACUUCUGAUUCCGGCCAUCACGCAGCUUCAGAAAGUUUCUGUUUUUAAAUCAAAGAAAUGAAGAAGAAGAUGAUAGCCAUUGGUUUCGAAGGAUCAGCUAACAAGAUUGGAGUUGGAAUUGUGACUUUAGACGGUACUAUCUUAGCAAAUCCUCGGCAUACGUAUAUAACACCACCUGGUCAUGGUUUUCUUCCUAGAGAGACUGCACAUCACCAUCUUGACCAUGUUCUUCCUUUAGUCAAAUCAGCUUUAGAGACUUCUCAAGUUACUCCUGAAGAAAUCGACUGUAUUUGUUAUACGAAAGGUCCCGGGAUGGGAGCGCCGUUGCAGGUUUCAGCCAUUGUUGUUAGAGUAUUGUCACAGCUUUGGAAAAAGCCAAUUGUUGCUGUGAAUCAUUGUGUGGCUCACAUUGAGAUGGGGAGAGUAGUUACUGGAGCUGAUGAUCCUGUUGUGUUGUAUGUGAGUGGUGGUAACACUCAGGUGAUUGCUUAUAGUGAAGGUAGGUACCGGAUUUUUGGUGAGACUAUUGAUAUUGCUGUUGGUAAUUGUUUGGAUCGGUUUGCUAGAGUCUUGAAGCUUUCUAAUGAUCCAAGCCCUGGUUAUAACAUUGAACAGCUUGCUAAGAAAGGAGAAAACUUUAUUGAUCUUCCGUAUGCUGUUAAAGGUAUGGAUGUAUCGUUCAGCGGAAUCUUGAGUUAUAUCGAAACUACUGCAGAGGAGAAGCUCAAGAAUAACGAGUGUACACCAGCAGACUUGUGUUAUUCCCUUCAAGAGACGGUGUUUGCGAUGUUGGUUGAGAUCACAGAAAGAGCGAUGGCGCAUUGUGACAAGAAAGACGUUUUGAUAGUUGGCGGUGUUGGGUGUAACGAGCGUUUGCAGGAAAUGAUGAGGACUAUGUGCUCAGAACGUGAUGGUAAGCUGUUUGCAACAGAUGACCGUUACUGCAUCGAUAAUGGAGCUAUGAUCGCUUACACAGGUCUACUCGCGUUUGUUAAUGGUAUUGAAACACCGAUCGAAGACUCUACCUUUACACAACGAUUUCGCACAGACGAGGUUCAUGCGGUGUGGCGAGAGAAAGAAGCUGUACUACUUGGGGAUAAGAAAGUUGCAGCGAAUUGAGUCUGUCCCCAUUUUUGUUCAUUUUUCAUCAAAUUUGAGAUUGAAUCUCUCUCUACUCGAUAAAUUGGUUUUUGCUAAGUAGUUAAGACUUUUAAAUGUGUUUUAUUAGCCAAAUUAUAUGAUUGAUAUCUUUUGGUUUGAAUGUAAUAACACUUUCAAAUUUCAAAGUGAGCUUUGUAAAAAGUUCAAAUGUUUCUUGUGUUGCAUUUCGCUAUUUGUUUUAUUGCUUUAAUAAAAAUAUGAUAUCUCAAA